AUGGAGGCGUAUGAAGACUUUUGCAAAGAGCAGUUUGCCAGAAUCCAAGCAGAGGCCAUUCCCUGUGAUUCAGUUUCCACGGAUGAUGGCAAAAUAUCUUUUAUUAAGUUUCAUGGAGUUGCAGUACUUUCUCCGCUGGUAAGUGAUUAGUUAUGUAUGAAUAAUCCUUUAUAUUAAGUCCAGGCUCGACAAAUUCCGGUGGAGCAUGGGAGCCGGGGGGCCGUCCACGGGAGCAUGGGAGCCGGAGGGCCGCCCACAGGAGAAUUGUAGGCCGCGCGAGGGAACCGUAAUCUACCUGCAGCUCCGCUCUGUUCCUUUGCAUUGUUUAAUGAUGCUGAGAGUUGGAAUAUGGCAUCACUACAGAGAGAUGCUGCAGGUAGAUUACUGCUCCCUCGCACGCAGGAAGAGAAGAGCCCCACUGGACCCCAGGGGAAGAUCCACUCAGCUCUCCCUAAAGUAGGGAGGCUGGAUGGAUUUCUUUUAAAACAAAAAUCUCAGUUUUUUUUUGUGUUUGUGUGUGUGUGUUAGUCUGUCAGAGGUGUGUGUCUGUUUAGGUACCUGCCCCACUCCAAUCACAGUAGAGGUGUUUUUACUCACCUUUUUUCCCACGCCAUGCCUGUUUCUCUGUGGCUGGUCCUGCCUCCAUGCCUGAAAUAAUCAGUCUUUAUGAUCUCAGAGAGGAUAUUGUGCAUGCACAGCAAAACAAUGUGUCAAUCAGCAUCUACUCCUAAAGAUGCAUUGAAUCGAUGCAUUUUUAUGGAGAACAUUCAGCACCUCCAUACAGAGCGUGGAGACACUGAACGUAGGUGCUGCACACUGCGCAACACUGACCAAGGGCUCUCUAGUGGCCAUCUGAGUGACUGUUACUAGGCAGCAAUAUAAACACUGCCUUUUCCAGAAACCACAAUGUUUACAUUGGAGGAUUAAAUCCACCUGUAGUGGCUGUCUUCCUGCACAGACUGAGUAAAACUUGGCCUCUAUAGGAAAGCAUUGAUGUGGUGCUUUCCCAUGGGGAAGCUUGGAUGCACAUGUGCAUCAGGAUUUGACCACACCGUAGAAGGCCAUGCCUCCUCCAUGACGUUUCGAGUGAUAGAGAGGUAAUGAGGACCAAGGGAUCCACGGGUUAUCCGCAGGUUAUUAAAAAGCUUAAUUUUCUUAUUUUCAUGGCAAAUGGUGGGGUGGACCUGUGUUCAACUAAGGAAGGGACACUAAAGUAUUAGGAAUAUAAUAGAAAAGAAUGUGCUGCUACCCCAGUUAAAAGAAAGAAGAAUAAUACUGAUAAAAUCGAAAUAAAUAAAAAUAGUCACAAAGCAUAAACAUUUCUCAAAACGUUUCUCACCUGUAUAGCAAAACCAAAGUAAACUUUGGAUGUGUUUUUCGUGUGUGAUAACAGAUGAUGUUGAAAAAGCAAAACGAUUCCAGUGUAUCCUUAGGUUUUGUUAUAUUCCCCUCCCUUUAUUAAGGCACAUAUAAAGUAUUCCAAAUGCAAAAAUUAGUUAAUCACCUUUUAAAUGUCUUCUCUAUGCUCUGUGUAGUGGGUAAAUCUGCAGCUACACCACUCUCGCAUGAGGAAGAAACGUUCUUAUCCGAUGUACAGCAGAGGUUAAGGGAUAAGUAGUUGAUUCCCAAGACCAGUUCCACUCAUCACAUAGGAUGAGGGUUAAUGCUCUGGAAAAUUAUAGCAACCUGUACUGUGGUUGCUAUCAGUUUGCAUAUAUUCUGGUUCACUGAAUCAUAAACUAGGUUAUGUACAACAAUCAGCAGAGCGUAGCUGAUGUCUAUGCACUCUACUUGGAGGAGAAUGCCCAAACACAUUCAUCAUGCACACAAAACUUUCAUAUAAUUGACAUAGCUGUUUGGAAGCAAAGGUUUAUCUGGUUGAUUGACAGGAUCUGGUGGUGGGGUAAUAAUCCUUCAGAACUGGGAACAUGUUAUGAGGGCUGCCUUGGCACUGAGAAAACAAGAUACCUCUUGAAAAUAUCACCUCUGAUCUGUAAUGACUCUUCCUUGUUUUAUUCCAACUAUGUAUAUUUUAUUUCUCAUCGCUAUACUGACGUGCAUAGACUUCCUGGUGUAGCUGCAUAUUCAUGAUUCUUUUAAUUCUUUCAGCUGGUAGAACAGGCUUAUUAUAUAUGUCAAGUUUCAGAUCCGCAAAUCUCUUGUUAUUUUAGUAUUAUUGGUACUCACCUGAACACAUGUACAUUUAGAAGGAAAUGGUUAACCUUUGAAAUGUGUCACUGCUUGAAAACAAAAUGCAUUAUUACAAUUUUUUUUAUUUAUUUUUUUAAAUUUCUUCCAGCAUUUAAAAUUUCCCCUGAUAAUACACCAUAUGCCCAAAAGUAUGUGAACACCCCUAUUAAUUGUUGAGCUCACCUGUUUAAGCCUCACACUAAAGUAAUCUCCAUAGACAAACCUUUGCAAUAGUCUUGGUUAUUCUGAAGAGCUCAGUGACUUAUCUGGCAUUGCUGUGUUUGCCAGUGCAUGUAACCACUGCAGCUUAAUGUAGUGAUACUGGUGAUUCAGUUUUUCUGAGAAAAGCCAGUGUUUACAUUGCUGUCCAAUGUCACCCUGGUUGCGGUAUUGCAAACUUUUGCAGGACGGCGUUCGGCAUCAUCACUAUAAAUUAGGGAUGCACCGCAAUUUUCGCCCGAAAAUGGGCCUAUCCCAUUUCGGCUGAAAAGGAGUAAAAUACGCAGAAAAUAUGGCAGAGUGAUGUCAGGUCCUCCGGUCCAUGUCUGAGGACCUGAUAUUGGGAGGGGGCCUGGCGGCUUGCCCUGUGUGGGAGGGGGCCUGGCGGCUUGCCAGAGUGUGAGGCCCCUCCCAUCUGCCUGGGGAGAGAGCCAGCACAGUCUGCAGCUCUGCCAGGAGUGAGCUGCAGAAUGGGUUGUAUCUUGCGAUCUCUGGCCAAUUAGAGCGUUGCCUCUGGUUACCACGGCAAUGCUCUGACCUUUUUUGGAGCUCACACUCGGCGGAGCUGCAGACUGGAGAGACAGACCACCGGACCAUUAGGGAGCCAGGACACUGGAUCGCCAGGGAAAGGGGAAAAAAAUAAUGUAUUUCUAACAACCCUUAUUCUGUCACCAGUCACCCCUUCCCUCGGUUGCUCUGUCACCCCCUCCCUCGAUCGCUCUGUCACCCGGUCACCACCUUACUCUGCCAUCUCUAUUCCACCCCACAUUAUGUCCUUCCCAUUCUUCAUAACCCAACAUUAGGUUCCCUACACACAAACUACAUCCCGGGCCCAUCCCACACUGUACACACACAUGUACCUUACACACUCUACAUAACCUACAAACAUACAAACUACAUCCCUGUCCCACACUUCACUAUAUUUUAUACACACUACAUAACCUACACAAAUCAUUUGGGGGGGGGGGGGAGAGUCGUUUUCGGCAAAGGGCAUCCUGAAUGUUUGGUUUUGGACCAGAAUUUUCAUUUCGGUGCAUCCCUACUAUAAAUACAUGCUGUAUUCCUAACAGUCUGGAAUGGGAUAUCCAACAAGCUUCUAUAGGUGUGAUGGUCAGGUGUCCACAUACAUGUAUAUAUUAUUAUCACUUAUAUAGCUGUGACGAACCGUCCACCAAUCGAUGCUCCUAGCACUUACCAAGGACCAUCCGCACCGGACACCAUAGAUACCGCAGACUCCACAAACCGCCGUAGCUGGGUUGGGGUCUUGCCGUCUCCUUCCCAUCCUGGUCCAACCUCUGGAUCCAGGACCGUGUGGAAAGGACCUCUCCUACAGGAGAGUAUAGCUGUAGGAAGGACCUCUCCUCCAGGAGAGAGUAGCUGUAUAGCUGAAGAGAGCUCUUACAAGAGCUAGCAGUGAUUAUAGCUGUUAUAGCUGUUCCCUGCAACACGAGACGAGGCUGCGAGUUGAGGGUAAGAAGAUCUGGUUUAAUGAGCACAAAGGCAUUUCUUAUACACAUUUUCAGGCCAGAGGCACACCCCCUGGACCUUGUGGUACACAGGGACACAAACCAAUAGGAACAAUAAUUAACACGGUAACACUCCCACAUACAGUCAGCAAGUCCUCCCCUCUGCCUGUGAUAUAAUUAAGCUAGCUAAUGGAAUAACCUAAUUAUCCACAGGCCGAAAAUAUAAAUUUUUACAUAAAAAACACCCCAUAACACCACGUAUCCCCACUAGUAUACAUCCCUGGAUAGCCCUGAUCUGGGUGAACAACAUAUCCAAAAAUCACCCAGAUCAGAGCAGAGGGUUCAAAAGUUUUGUGGAAGUCAUAUUUGACUGACCGCACGCACGCACAUUUUCAUGCCCAAAACAGUUCCAGAGAAUUUGGCUGUGUGGCUGGUCUAUUUCCAAUAGUUCAAAUACAGUGGAACCUCGGUUAACUAAUGCCUCGGUAAACAAAAAAUUCGGUUAACGAAUGAGAAUUCGUGUAAAAAAAAAAAAAGCCUCGGCUUACAAUUUUUUUUCGCUAUACGAAACAAGUGUCCCGGUUUAUAGCUCCGCCCCCUGCAUACUAGAGUCUGGGUAGCACGUGAGUGUGGAGCGUGGAGGUGUUGGAGAGGUUUUGGAGCAAUUUGCAGCAAGUUGUGGAGCCAUUUGCAGCAAGUUGUGGAGCCUUUUGGAGCCAUUUGCAGCAAGUUGUGGAACAUUUUUGGUGCAUCUCAAGAGGUGAGCUUAGUUGUUUGCAUGCCUUUUACUGUGUGUUUUGCAUUGUGGGUUUGCUUUCCAUGCCAGCUCAUGUGCUGUGCAUGCCUGUCACAGUACUGUACUGUGUGUUUUGUAAUGUGGGGUUGUUUUCUAUGCCAGCUCAUGUGCUGGGCUUGCCUGUUACAGCUCAUGUGCUGGGCAUGCCUUUUACUGUGGUUUCCAUGCCAGCUCAUGUGGGUGUAAAGCAUUUUUUUUUUUUUUUUUUGCAUACUGCACCCAAGAAAGCAGCGGAAGCUGGGAAGAGGAAGAAGGAGAUGAUUCUGCUUGAGGACAAGAAAGAAAUCAUCAGAAAGCAUGAAGGAGGAAUGUGAUUGACUGACUGACUGACCUUGCCAAAGAGUAUGGAAGGAGUGCAUCCACAAUCGGUAAAUCCUAAAAAUGAAAGAGAAGAUAACUGGGAGAGAUGCAGCCAAGGGAGUCACCAGGGUCUCCAAGCAACGGCCACCUGUUCUGGAGGUGGUCGAGAAGUUGCUCCUGCUCUGGAUUGAACAGAAGCAGCGUGCAGGGGACUCAGUGACCAAGGCGAUCAUCUGUGAAAAAGCCUUGCACGAAAAAGCCUUGCAUGCUGACCUCAAACAAUAGCCAGGAACGUCAGCAGAUGCAGAAGGCUUCAAGCCCAGCAGAGGGUGGUUCGAAAGGUUCAAGACCAGAUCUGGCAUCCACAGUGUGGUCGGGCAUGGAGAGGCUGCAAGUUCCGAUGUUGCUGCAGCUGAGGAAUUUGCUACAGAGUUCCUGGAGGUCAUAGUUUCAGAGGGCUACCUUCCUCAGCAGGUCUUCAACUGUGACGAGACUGGACUCUUCUGGAAGAGGAUGCCAAAGCGGACCUUCAUCACAGAAGAGGAGACCUCAUUGCCUGGCCACAAGCCGAUGCAGGACCGUCUCACCCUCCUGUUCUGUGCCAACGCCAGUGGGGACCUUAAGAUCAAGCCCCUGCUUGUCUACCAUUCAGAGAACCCACAGGCCUUCAAGAAACACAAGGUGAACAAGGAGCAGUUGAGUUUUGUGGCAGUCUAAGCCAAAGGCUUGGGUCACACGCCUCUUGUUUGUGAAGUGGGUCAAUGCGGUUUUUGGUCCUGCUGUGAAGAAGUACCUUGUGGACAAUAACCUGCCACUCAAGGCCAUGCUGCUCAUGGACAAUGCUCCUGCCCAUCCUCAAAGAAAGACUUGCUGGAGGACUUUAAUUUCAUCAAGGUCAUGUUCCUUCCGCCUAACACCACCCCAGUACUCCAGCCAAUGGACCAGCAGGUCAUCUCCAAUUUUAAAAAACUCUACACAAGGGACCUUCUCAGGCGAUGCUUUGAGAUGACAGAUCGCUCAAGCCUCACCCUCCAUGAAUUUUGGAGAGAGCAUUUUGACAUUGUGAGCUGUCUGCAGAUUAUCACCAUUGUCUAGGCCGGGGUCAGCCAACCUAAAUUCUGCUUGGCGCAACCUGUGGCCAGACUGUGAAACCUGCCUCCAGUGCUUCUGCACCUGCACCAGAGUCAACAGUGUUGGAGGAAAUUGUUUCCUUGGGGAGGACCAUGGGCCUGGAGGUGACUGAGGAGGAUAUCUAUGAGCUGGUGGAGGAACACGACCGUGACCUAACCACCGAGGAGCUGGUGGAAUUGCAGAAGGAGGCGAUGGAGGAGCAGACCGCAUUUGAGGAGGAGGAAAUGAGUGAGGAACAGCUCUCUUACACGGAAUUCAAGGAGGCAUGCCAAAUGUGGGUAAACCUACAGACUUUUGUACAGCAGCACCACCCAGAUAAGGCUCUAGCCAAAAGACUUGUGAGCAGUUUUGACUGACAUCAUGUCCCCUUUCCGAGGGAUGCUUAAAAGGCGCCAGAGGCAGCAGACAAUGGAAAGGUUCUUACAAAAACAGCCUAGACAUGAAGAAGAACCUGCUUGUGUUAGUGCUGCCCAGUUGCCCUCGUCCUCCUCAUCUUCCAAAAAGUGUUAACAUUGUUUUGAAAUUUUCCAUGUUUUCCCUGUUGACGUGUGAUUUAUGUACUGUACCAUGUUACCAACAGUCUGCCAUGUUUUAAAAGUUGAUGUGUGAUGUUUUUAAAACAUAAAGUUGGAUGUUUGAAAUGUUAUUGCUUGAUUAAUCAUGUCCCUGUACAGUAUUUAUGCCUUUAAAGUGCACUUUAUAAAGAGUUUUGAACAGGUAAAAUACCUUAUUUGACUUUUUUCUCACCUCCGGAACGUAUUAAUUGGUUUUCAAUGGAUUCCUAUGGGAAACCGUGUUUCGGUUUACAAAUUUUUCGCAAUACAAAACGUCCCGGAGAACGCAUUAAAUUCGUAAACCGAGGUCCCACUGUACUAAGUUCCGUUCUAAUGCAAAUACUCAAAGUUAAAGUGGCGUUUGAAUUGUCGAAUGUACUUCGAUUUCCGUUGAAGUCUGGAGAAGGUAAAGUUCAGCGGUGUUCGUGCCGUCGCGUAUCCGAUUUGAGUUCCAUGAAUUCAACGACCAAACACAGCUAAUCGCGUUUGACUGAAUUAAAAUGGCCGCCGCCUCGUAUGUUGCAUGGCGGCAACUUCGGCUGUAUCCGAAGUCUCACUUCGAAAGUGUAAAUCCUUUCCAAUAGUUUUUUAAAGUGGCAGAGACAGUACUUUAGAAUCCAGUCUGCACAAAUGGCGUUUUUAAAAGGCAAUACAACCCAGGUGCCAUAGUCACAGGGCAAGAGGUUGGCAAGCAGGCCUCUCCAAAACCCAGUGGCGAAGUGCAAGUCGUCACAAUAGCGCCAACAGAUUCCGUAGCGCUUUAAAAUAUUAUGAGAGGGGUGAUUUAACUAUAAAUAGGACAAUUACAAGAAAACUUAUAGGAACGAUAGGUUGAAGAGGACCCUGCUCAAACUAGCUUACAGUCUAUAGGAGGGGGGGUAUAAAACACAUUAGGACAGGAAAUAUCAAUCAAAUAUGGUGGGAGUGAAGCAGAGCUGGAGGAGAGAAUAAAGUGUUGCCCUAUAGGAGAGAGCAAAAGACAGGUAUGUAAGGUAGAGGUUACUCUUGGAGGCCAUAAGCUUUCCUAAUGAGAUGGCUUUUAAGGCACUUCUUAAAGGAUUGAAGACUAGGGGAGAGUCUGAUGGGGGUAGGCAGGCUAUACCAUAGGAAGGGAGCCGCCCGCGAAUUGGCCAUACCGGUGCGAGCAGCGGUCAGGAGAAGGUCAUGGGCAGAGCGGAGGGGCAUACCUAUGGAUCUGUGGGGCUAGAAUUGUUCAGUGCUUUAUAUGUAUGGGUUAGCACUUUGAAUUAACUCCUACAGGAAGCCAAUGUAAGGACUGAGAGAGGGGUGAGGUGUGAGAGGCCCAACUAGAGAGGAAAAUCAGUCUGGUGGCGGCAUUCAUUACAGACUGUAGCAGGGUGAUACAGCUUUUGGGAAGACCAAUCAGGAGAAGGUUACAAUAAACCAUGCGAGAAAUUACUAGAGCAUGGACAAGCUCAUUGGUAGCAUCUUUUGUAAGAAAGGGGCGGAUGCAGGCUAUGUUUUUAAGUUGGAAUCUACAGGAUUUGGCAACAAACUGGAUGUGAGGUUCAAAGGUGAAGCCAGAGUUCAGUAUGACACUAAGACAGCGUGCUUGCAAGGAUAGAUUUAUGUGGAUACCACGGACCUUGAAGGGAGAGAGAGAGAGGAGGAUCAGUAUUAGGAGGAGGAAAGACCAGGAGUUCAGUUUUAGAAAGGUUGAGUUUCAGAAAGCGUGAGGACAUCCAGUCAGAGAUGGAAGAAAGGCAAGCAGCGACACGUUGCAGUAUGGGAAGAGAGCUAUAUUUGGGUAUCAUCUGCGUACAGGUGGUAGUGGAAAGAGGCAAUACGUUUUCCAAGAGAGGUAGUAUAAAGAGAAAAUAGAAGGGGACCAAGAACAGCGCCUUGGGUAACUCCAACUGAGACAGGACUAGGGGAGGAGGGAUUCUUGGAAAAGGAGACACUGAAUGAGCGUUGGGAGAGAUCAGAGGAUAACCAUGAGAGGACAGAGUCACAGAGACCGAGCGAUUGAAGAGUUUGGAGGAGGAGAGCAUGAUCAACGGUGUCAAAGGCAGCAGAGACGUCAAGAAGCAUUAAUAUGGAGUAGUGGCCGUUGGAUUUAGCGGAGAUUAGGUCAUUAGUAACUUUGAUAAGAGCAGUCUCCGUAGAAUGGAGAGGGCGGAAGCCAGACUGAAGAGGGUCAAGGAGAGAGUUUGAAUUGAGAAAGCGAGACACACGGUAAAGACCAGUCUUUGCAGAAGCUUUGAGGAAAAAGGAAGCAGGGAUAUGGGAUGAUAGUUAGUAGGGGAGGAUGGGUCAAGAGAUUUUUUUUAAAUUAUUUUUUCAGGAUAAGUACUACAGUGGCAUGUUUAAGGUUAGCAGGGACAACGCCAGAAGAGAGAGAGCAGUUGAAGAAGUGUGUUAAGGAAGUCACAAGACAAGGGGAGAGAGAUCUGAUGAGGUGAGACGGGACAGGAUCGAUUUGGCAAGUGGUGGGGCGAGCGGAAAGGAGAAGCGCAGCCACCUCUUGUUCAGUAGCUGGGGAGAAAGUCUGAAGGGUAGGAAAGGCAUGAUCUACUUGUGGUUGACAAGCGAACGGCAGGGUGGGGUGAAUUCUUUCCUUAGCUGUUCAAUCGAUAAAGUAGCAUGCAACGCUAUCGGCUGUAAGGUUAGUUUGGGGGGUGGCCACAGCAGGGCGACAAAGAGAGUUAAAGGUGUCAAACAGACUCCUGGGAUUGCGGGAGCAUUAACUAAUGAGAGAGGAAAAGUAUGACUGUUUGGCAAGGGCUGUGCUGUAUGAACACAAUAUGAAUCUAUAAUGAAUAUAGUCUGCCUGGGUGCGGGACUUCUCCAGGAGCGUUCAGUACAACGGGAGCAACUUUGCAGAUAGCGUGUUGAUUUAGUAUGCCAAGGUUGGGGGCGUGUCCUCCCCGAGUUGCAUGUUUAGAACGGGGCUACAGCUUUCAAGGCAGAGGUGAAGGUAGUGUUAUAUGUGGAGAUGGCCAGUGAGGGACAGGAGAGGGAAGGGAUGGAUAGCAAUUGUGAAUCAAUAUCAACUGACAGCUGCUGGAGGUCAAUAGAAUUAAUGUUCCUCCUGUGUUGAGGGGGGGGGGUUAGGCUGUGGUUGUUGAGUGAUGGGGUACUCGAGAGCAUACGAUAAAAGGUGGUGAUCAGAGAGAGGAAGUGGAGUGUUGCAGAUAUUAGAUACUGUACAUGCAUAAGAGAACAUAAGGUUGAGGGUAUUGCCAGCUACAUGGAUGGGAGAAUUAGCCCACUUCAAUAGCCCGAGGGAGGAAGUAAUUGAAAGUAGUUGAGAGAGAGAGUUGUGUUUUGAUACACUAUCAUGCCAUAAUUUUAUUUGUUUUCCUCCACUGUGAACUGCAUUAACAAAAUGUAUCAUUGCAUUGUUAUUUUAAUUUAAAUGUAUAUAAAAAUAUUAAUAAUAAAAAGACAGACAUACUGUAGUCAUAGUGCUUGGAGUGACCCUUUAAUGCACUUAAUGAUUUUCGUUUUGCAUUGGAAAUGUGUUGUGCUAUUCCACACGGAUGCGUGUUGUUUUACCAUUGUAAAUGAAGUAUGCAUAAACAAAUUCUUAAUUGACUUAAAGGAUCACUAUAGUGCCAGGAAAACAAAACUAAUUUUCCUUGCACUAUAGGGUUAUUAGGUCCCCUUCUCCUCCCUCAGGGGACCCUUCCUGCUGGGCUGAAGGGGUUAAAACCCCUUCAGCCACAAUGCUUUCCUAUGGACGUCAGCGUGCCCUUAAUGCGAUUUCCGCAUUGAGGAUCGCAUAAGCGGCCUCUAGAGGCUGUCAGGGAGACAACCACUAGAGGCUGUAUUAACCCUCAAUGUAAACAUAUCAGUUUCUCUAUGUUUACAGCUGCAGGGUUAAAACUAGGGGGACCUGGCACCCAGACCACUUCAUUGAGCUGAAGUGGUCUGGGCGCCCAUAGUGGUCCUUUAAGUGAUGGUGAUUUAGUAAUUAUCUCAAUUAACACAUAUUCAGUUGAAGAGACUUCUUUUGUUACCUAGAUUAUACAAAUAAUGAUAAUCUUACUUUUUGUACGAGACUUGCCCUGCAGGUUGUCUGUGCCUGCAGGGAUUUAUAAAUAACGCAUGUUUGUCAGUUGGGAGAGUCUAGAAUGCCUUAAGGACCAGUGUCAGUCUAUGCUGUCGUUCUGUUUUGCUGUUGAAAAGCCUUGUUUGUCAUCAGCAAUUCUGAAGACUCUAAACAAGUAGGACAGUCAAGGUCAUGAUAUUUUUAUGAUGUACUCAUCCCAUUAUAUAAAAUGUUGCCAUAUAAUUGAAUUGGGAUGGUUUUAUUGCAUACUUGUUUAAAUAUGUUUAGGUUCAAUAUGCUAAAUUUCUGUAUUGCUUUUUCUUUGUAAUGUUUUGAUUGAGUAAUCACUUGCGUAUUUCAUCUGUUUCUCUUGGGAAAUAUUUUCCUGGUUGUAAUGUAUUUGUUGUCUACAAUAAAUGAACACCAAACUGCUAAAUUCUGGGUGAUAUAAGUAAGCUGUGUUAGCAGAUUUGGAGAAGACUCCUCCCCCAUAUAAUUGAUACCCAAGCAGGACCUAAUUCACUGUGUAAGUUCCCUGUCCGCUCACCAAUUACUAAGAGUAUUUUAAACACUCUAUUUUAGACGCUCUUUUCUAAGUGGAUAUCUCUAUACCUUCAUAUAUGUUGAAAGAUUUCCUGUGUUGCGGACCAUUGCUGCCCAACCAAUCCAGUCUCUUUCAUCAAGUCCUCUAUAUGUAUGAUGACUUCCUACAAUUUUUAAAGGAACACUCCAAGUACUAUAAACACUACAGUGUGCUAUAGGGAUUAUAGGCUUUUUUUUUUUUUUUUUUAAAUGGGUACAGCUCCAUGCCUCCUCUCAGCCUUGAAGAGCGACAGAAAUGUUUGCUUAGGAGCUCCUCUUAGCUGUCCUAGGCUAUACCCUGUAGUGCAGGACCAGCUCAUUGGCAGAGAGCAUCAGAUGAUCUGCACAGCUAAAAGCAGGCAGGGAGCAGUGCCCGUCUGUAGCGGUACUUACCCGGAGGCCGGCCGAGGUCCUCUCUUCCCGCCACGCGCAGCUCUCGAAUGAAGGCGGGCACGUGUCCUGCCUACCUCUAAGAGCGUGCCGCGCGUCUCAGGCACGCUCUUAAAGGGGCAGUAGGAGCCAAAAAAUGCAAUGGUCUCCCAUUGGCCCCUGUCAUCCCACAUUCCCCAGACACUCACAUUUUGGGGGCGUGGAUAUGACAGGGGCCAAUCAAAGUAAGUUUAGGGUAUUUAUACUUACCUCUCCCUUAACUCCUUGCCCUAUCGUGGUUUCUGUUUCAGUUCCCUUUAGCGCUUGUUGUGUUCAGUUGUGAUUUUUUUUUCGUACUUGACCUUGGCUUUGUAUCUGACUCCGUUUAUCUCUCUAUCCCUGUUUUGUCUUGUUUGCCGGCUUACUGACUACCGUGUACCAGACCUUGGCUAGUUUUUGUUGUCACAGUCUCUUUGUUCCCUUGACCUCGGCUUGUUCUUGACUCUGUCUAUUCUCUGCUAUACGGCGAGUCCGGCUAUUCUAAGGUCCGGUAAGUCGUAUCUGCUCUAUCUCUCGAUUUGUUGGACUAAGUCUUGCGUGUAGGGGUAAACUACUGUGACACCGUCAAACUUCAGGUAAGCAGUUAAAACUCUAUUAAAUGGUUUGACUAUUUACUUUGCUGCCUGAAAACUACUGGCACCAUAACCACUAUAUAUCAAUGCAAUGGUUAUGGUGCUUGGAGUAUUCUUGUAACAAAAGGCUAUAGAAAAAUGCUAACUGGAUUCAUAGGUUUACGCAUGGUCAGACUUACACAAUGAUUUUUUUCGCUUUUUAGAUUGCACCCAUGUCAUUUACUGCAUAUACAUAUCAAUAUGUCUUUUGUCUAAUUUUAGCUGUCAUUAGAGCACUUCAGUGAUUGUUUAAUGAUAGGACAAUUAGCUUGUCAGCGUUUUGGAACAAGCAUGUUUUUACUACCUGAUGAUCUGAAUCGUUUCAAUCCCUGGCAAUAUGUAAACAAAGCCUCACUUGUUUUGUAAGAAGUACUAGUGUUACCUUGUCACCUAGCAUUUUACUUUUGCUCGAGCUGAUCGUCAUUACUGACUACACUUUCCCGUACUGAGGAACGGUAGAGAUUACUGUAAGCCAUCAGUGCAAAAUGUGAAGGCAAAGGUCCUUUUUUCACUAUCCUUUUUGUAUUCUUGCAAGGUAAGUAAAGUUGAGAUUUGUGAAAAGCUAUCAAUUUUAUUUGUAUUUAUUUUGCUUGUUUAUUCGGGGGGGCAGGGGGAGAGGAUUACUCACACACAUUUAAAGUGUGAAACAAUUGUGAUUUGUGUUAUGUGGAAUGCUACCUGGCUAAAGUAAUAAUAAAAGAAUUGUGUGUUUGUGGUUUAUUUUUAUUUUUUUAAACUAGUAGUUAUUUAAAAACGGUUAAAUGCAAAAUUUAUAAUAUAAUCCCUAAACAGUGCUUAUUUUUUUUUUAUUUUUUUGUAGCUGACAAUAGAAAAAAGAGAAGAAAUGCAACAAUAUAAACUAAAAGCUAUUGAGCUGGAUGAGAAGAGACAGUACUGCAAAAAGAAGACCUUGCUCAAUCGCGUCCAAGAGAUUUUGGAAAGUGUCCAGGUAAAUUAUUUCAAGCAUGAUUUUGAAAUGUUGCUUUGGUUGUAUUUAAAUUAUGCUGAUCAGUAAUAAGUGGUUAUCUUCCUUUAACUUUAAUGGCUGCAUUAGAUGGCUUUAAAAGGCUGUUUUCUCUGAAUAUGCUUUUGGGUGCAACUUGUGCCAGAGAUGAUUGCUUUAUAAAUACAGAACCAUUCGAAGUUAUCAAAGUGUAACAGAAAAAGUAAUUUGGCUUGCAUUGGGUUAUUCGUGCUUUUAGAUCUUUGACCCACAGUUGCUCUACAUGUGCAACGUUUCAUGAGUGUAUCUAGGGUAUGGGUGAAGUCCUUUUCUGCCAACUCAAUGUAUAUUGGUUGAAAUGGACACUAUAGGCACUCUGACCUCACGUUGAAGUGGUCUGGACGCAGUGCCUCUGUCUGUUGAUCCUGAAAUGUAAAACUGCAAUGGCUAAAUUGCAGGGUUAACUCCACCUCUGUUUGCUUUAACAGAUGUUGGAUGUCAUCAUGCUUUGCAUGACGACGUCUAGCAUCUUUUAUGUUCCCCAUAGGAAAGCAUUGAUCAAAAGUAAUUUGGUCCUAUUGUCACCGUGACCUGGUGGGGAGAGACCUAGCCAGCACCGAGAAAUGCUUGGAACUGGAUAGAGGUACGUUUUUAAAAACAAUUAGGGAGGGCUAGAAAACUAAGGAUACUAUAGCGUUUGGAAUAAAGGUUUGUAUAGUAUUAGGUAUUUGCUAUAGCAUUCCUUUAAUAUAAUUUGUAGCACAAUCCAAAACAGCAGGGGGGGUUUUUUGUUUUUUGUUUUUUUGUCCCUCUGAUAUUGAUCUGGGCCUUGCCAAUCAGAUUAAAUUUCUCAGCAGAAGUUCUAGUCUGUUCUUCUGCCUCAUGGAAAGGAACAACACAUGAGGUCUUCUUUUUUGACUUUACAGGAUUCCACAAUGAUCAGUUCAAACUUAGUGUUACUGCAAUAAUUAUUGUAUGCUCCAAAAUGAACACUCUUCUUACUGCAAUGAUUACUAUGAGCCUGUUGGAAAGAGCUUGAGGCAUUGGAUUCGAUAAAAUCUUCUUAAUCUAAAAAUUAAUUUUGUUCUAUAAAUCUUAUAUUUUUAGAUUUUUUUUUUUUUUUUAAUGGGACUGAUUUUUUUAAUUAGAUGUAAGUAUUAGUUGCCACAGAAAGUUUUCCAUGACACAUAGGUUGAGAUCUAUUCUAAACACAAUUGUGUUUAUUUUGCCUAUUUAUCUUUAAUUUUGCUUCUAUGUUCUAUCCAUUGAUACAGAUUUUCCAAGUUGUAAUUUGUAACUUCUUUAUUUGUUCAAGCAGCAAACUUGUUUUGUAUUCAUCAAGUACAAAAACAGAAUCUAUUUCAUACCCCAUGAUAACCUCAUGAGAUUAAUUAUUUUUUUUUUUAAUUCCCUAGCUAGCAUACUAUAUUUUAGUUGUCUUUUAUUAGUAUCAUUAGAAAAGGAAAGGGCCAUUUGAGCCAAAUUCUAAAUGAGUUUUGUAGAUUUUUCUAUAUUUGCAUGACUCGAAAAUGUAUUUUUUGUUUAUUUAGUUGUUAAAGUAAACAUUUUGCUUUAAAUUCCCCCCCUCCCCCCCAGCUUUUUUUUAAAUUUAAUUUUUUAUUUUUUUGAGCAGCUAUGUUUCCAUUGCAACACUUUACAGAAAUUAUGACAUUUUUAAAAGAACAGUGAGUCUGAAUAUAUAGCGUCCUUUCCAUGGAUCGAAGAGCCUUUAAAAAGGUUUUAAACCCUUUUAAUACCUGUAUUUUGUUUUCUGAAUUGAAUCAAUUGUUCUGUGUUGCGUCUAUGUGAUCAUGAACUCACUGCGAGUUUGAGUCAUGUUUACUACCAAUCACCUAGUUACCAUCACAUGGCUUGGGAAUGUUUCCACCAUAUAGACAGGACACAUGACAACAAACACUUCUCUUUUUGCCCCCAGCUGCUAAAGGACUAUUCAUAUAAUGACUCUAACCAACCAUACUGCUUUAGCUGCCUGCAACCUGCUCACUAUCCCAUGUAAGAGACUGUAAGCCAGGGGUGCAAUUAUAUCCUUUUGUUUGAUAAUUGAUGUUUGUUUAAGCCCCCGUUGGUUUUACAUUGUUUGUGGUUUAAUAGAUAUGCAAACAAAUUAAAAAAAAUUGUUUUAGUGGCUGGAAAUGGUCAGCAGUUAGAGACUAGAGAGUUGAAAUUUAUUUGCCGCUUAACUAAAUAUACCGGUAGUUGAUAUAAAAUGUGUGUGCACAUGUGUUAUCUUGUCAUUUGACUUGGAUGUUUACCUAAAGGGCUAUUCACUUUAGUGCAAAGUGGGGGGGUCUCCAUGUUUAGCUGUGUUUUCACCAGUUAGAUUAUUACAGAUAAUAUUUAUUAUUAUAGAUAGGGGUGGGGAGGUGUGUUGUGGUUUAAUACCUUGAAUUUAAUUUUAAUUUAAUUUUUUGUCCCAUAAAUGCGUAUUUAUUUAUUUUUGAAUUUUAAUCUUUUUGACAAUACAGGUGAAAAACACAUCAUCAAAUGUAAAUGUUCUUCCCAUUACUGAGAACGGCGUAACCGAUCAGACGUCCGAUACUAAGAACAUGAAUGGUUUUGCACUUCUGCCAAACAUUAUCAACUUGCCAAUUAAAUCUGCUCAGAAUGCAUCUGUGAAGACUGAGAAAUUAUUGGAUGAAUCGCAGGUGAAGACAAAUACAAAAACAAAACUUCUGGAAGCUGUUGAUGAUGAUUUGCCUUUAAGAUCGACCACGAGCCCCAUAUUAAACCACGCAAAGGUGCUACCUUCUGAAAUUGUGCAGAGCCCACAAACCUCACCGUUCAAUAUACUGCCUCCCACCAAAGAAGCCCCAGAUCCAUAUGUAAUGAGUCUUCAAAAUCUCUUAAAGAAAUCCCGGGAGUACAUAGAAAGAGAACAAAGCAGGCGGAACAUAAAGAACAAUUCAAAGGCAGUAGCAAAUGAAAGCAACUCUGAUAAAGAAAAUGAUACCAUUAAAAUAAGUGACUCUUUAAAAGAAAAGGCCAAGCUUUUAAACCGUAGUAGAUGUUCCAGCCCAUUAAUGGUUGACAAGCCAGCACUUAAUAAAUCAAAUUCACUCCUUCAGGCUUCAUCUAGUCAAGGUCAGAGCCUGAAUUCCACUGCAUCGUCGGCGCUUUCUAAAGUGGACUUUCCGGUAAGAUCGGGAAUUUGUUCAGGGGUUGAUAUGGGAUCUGAUGAGGACCUAAAGAAUGCUGGUAUCGAUUAUGAAAGCGGCAUUGUAAAAAGCCUUACUGGGUCAUACGCCAAAUUGCCAAGUCCAGAACAAAGCUUAAGUCCUCAAAUGCACAGAAGACGACCUAGGACCUUAUCAGCUGGACACAUAUUUAUCAAUAAUCCAGUAAAUGCUUAUGAUUUAAGCCCUAAUAAAAAGGGCAACGGAAUGAAUUGUGGGUUGCCUACGACUGCAAAAAUGUCCUCUUCCGAGCCUAUACCAGUAGUUGGGUGUAAUGCUGGUAUUUGUUCAUUUACAAACUGUUCGUUGAGUAAAAAUGAUAUAAGUAGUUCCUCAGGUGCAGGUGAUAAUUUACAAAAGUGCUUUGUAAGCUCCGUAACACACGUGGACAAUAAAGCAGCAGGUGAAUGCACGGUAACAGGUGGCCCUGCAGUUUGCAAAGGAGAACAACCAACAAGUAACAUGAUCACCACCGGAAAAGAACUUGAACUUGGCACAUUGAGUCAAGAUGUAGAUGUUUCAAUGUCUUCCACAGAACAGGAGAUUAGGCCAAAUGGCUCAACAGAAGAGAUAAAGGGCAGUUCUCCUGCACCACUCAAUAAAUCCUAUGAUGUAGAAACCCCAUCUCCCAUUUUAAUUCAAAGCCAGGUCACAAACCAUAUCACAGACACUCCUAGCACAUCCUUUGCAAGGGAACAGUAUUAUGAGAACAGCUUUGAGGUAAAACGCAGACUUGAGCCUGAUUUGGACAGCACACGGAAGGAUGCUGGUGUGAUUCCUGUCUCAACUGAUCAAGAGAAGAAGCUGCUUCAGGAAAGGAGGAAUCAUCUUGGGUCCCUCCACUUAAAAAAGAAUGAAGUAUUGGCUGAUAGCACUCUAGGUAUGAAAUUAUUAUGGGUAUGUUUUGGUGAAAGUUAGAAGUUGGUGACACUCUUGGGUUGCACUGUUUUUAACACUGUAGGGUCGUUUUUAGUAAAUGCCAAAUUUGUUUUUGGAAAUUCGGUUGAUAUCACUUAUUUGGAUGUUAACUUUCCUCUGUGGCCUCUGUAUGCAUUGACUGAAUGCUAACCAAACUGAGUCAAAUGGAUGCCUGUUUAAUAAACAUUAAAAAAAAACCUCACUUUUGCAGAAAGAUUUAAGUUUUAAAUAGGUUAACUGAAUUUCUCUGCUACAAAACGAAAAGACUAUAAGAGUAGGUGGGGGGGAUUUAGAGUUGAGAUACCUUUUAUAGGGCUAAAUUGGGUUUGGAAAGCAUUCGGAUUAGGGGGUGCUUACUGGGUAAUGUGAAUUUCCAAUUUAAGGACAGAGUAGCCAAACAAAGCAAUUAAGGAAUUUUUCCAACUCUGCUAUUUUGACCUUAAUUUUGAAAUUCACCUUUAAUUGAAUCACUUUAGUGAUUAAUCUUGUUAAAGUUUUAAGUGCUAUUCCAAUAGUCUAUAUCAGGCGAGCUGGAGGAACUGAAUGAAAGUAAUUACCGUAUAUACUCGUGUAUAAGUCGAUCUCAUGUAUAAGUUGAGGGCAGUUUUGUGACCAACAAUUGUGAAAUAUGCUAUGCCUCAUGGAUAAGUCGAGGGUAAAACUUGGGGCUAUGAAAUUCUGUGAUUUUUAUUUAUUUAUUUUUAAAUUAUUUUUUUUAGAAUUAUAUAUACACACACACUCUGCAUAAUACACACACAUACAAUCUGCAUUCUACACACACACUCAUACAAACACACACACACACUCUGCAUUAUAUACACAGAGUGUAUAUAAUGCAGAGUGUAUGAGUGUGUGUGUAGAAUGCAGAUUGUUUGUAUGAGUGUGUGUGUGAACUGGGUGGGAGGAGGGCAUUUUUAUUAUAAUUUUUUUAUAUAUUAAGUUUUUUAUUAUUAUUUUUUUUAUAUUUUAAGUUUUUUUUUAUUUAUUUUAAUAUUUAAAGUUUUUUAUUUUAAUAUUUUUUAUUGUAUUUUUUCUUAUUUAAUUUAAUUUUCGUCCCCCCUCCCUGCUUGUUAGCUUGCCAGGGCGGGGGGCUCUCACUCCCUGGUGGUCCAGUGUAUGGGCUGUGUAGGAGGGGGGGCUGACAGUGAGAGGUUACUUAUCUUCCUGCAGCUCCUGUCAGCUCCCUUCUCCUCCGUGCAGCUCCUCCGUCAGCUCCCACUGGAAGUCUUGCAAGAGCCGCGGUGACCCCGCGGCUCUCACGAGACUUCCAGUGGGAGCUGACAGAGGAGCUGAACGGAGGAGAAGGGAGCUGACAGGAGCUGACAGGAGCUGCAGGAAGGUAAGUAACCUCUCACUGUCAGCCCCCAACAGGACCGCCGGGCUUGUAAUGAGCCCUGCGGUCCUGGUCUGUAUUAUGGCAAUGUAAAUUGCCAUAAUACAGACAUUAACUAGAGUAUAAGUCGAGUGGGGGUUUUUCAGCACAAAAAAUGUGCUGAAAAACUCGACUUAUACUCGAGUAUAUACGGUAAGCAGUUUGUUGAAAUGAACUAAAUAAAAUCUCCACUACAUGGGUGAUUUGGCUUUUCUCAGACCGCUGAAGUGCAACCAGUUGAAGCUGCCCAAAUGUGAUUUAUAAGAACAUGUUAAAACAGUCAAAUUUUGACAACUAAACAGUGUUCGAUUGCAUGUAGCGUAUAGAUCCCUGUAUGCAGUGUAUUUUAAAUUGUGAAGAUCUGACACAAAAUUAUAUUAUUGGCUGAAACUAAACUAGUUUGAUCUUUAUUUCAGCUUGGUUUAAGCAUCUUGUCUUUUUAUUUUUAGUAACUGACACUAUAGGCAUAUAACCAUUUAAUCUCACUGAAUUGGUUAUAGUGUUUUGCAAGCACUGUUCCUCCAUUCAGCUUUAAACCAUUUUCAAGCAGUUUAACAUUGAAUCAUGGUCUCUGGUCACUCAAAGCCUGGCUACCACUGACGGUAUGGUUAAGGCAGAGAUUACAAACUAUUGUAGCCAAACAAAUUCAUAUGAGCAAUGGAUGUGGUAUUUGGUUAAGUCAGUUGACCUGCUCAGCCAAUCCCCAUCACCCAUUUCUGCUCAGACUAAUGCUUCACCAACAGUCUCACCUGCAUCUAAUUCACCUUGACUGUCCUUUUCAAACAUUGUCCAACCAAAGGUGUAUGUAAAUGGCAGAAGAAUCGGGUUGUAUACAUAAGGGGUGUUUUGGUUGUUUUUUUGUUUUUUUUGCAGUCUGGCUCAGACUUCUUUCAGCAUUGGUGACAUAUAUCCGGCUUCUGCAGAAAGUGUAUGUCAAUGUAGUAGCCGUUUGCUGACUGAGCAUGUCAGCUGAUCACUCUUAACCAAUGAAUGCAUAGAAAUAUGCACAGAAUUGAGAGCCAGCCCAUAACACUUGUUUAAGGCUGGCUAAUGUUGCUCCUGGAGGUGGAGUUACACCUCAGGCAGCAAAGUGGUUAAAUUAAUUGAGAAACUGUGCACAACGAAACUAUAGGCACCAUGAAGUGGUCGUGAUGCGUGGUCUAACCCUAUAAGUGGUCAGAUAAUCAGAUACACACUUGUAUACCAGGGCUUGAAAAUAAUUCAGCCACCUAACGUGUUGUCAACACUACAAGGUCAGGAAUACAGGUUUGUUUUGUUCCUUUAAGCUCCACCCUUUUGUCAAGAUUUCGACGUGUAGGAAAAAUACAUGAGACAAAACAGUCCCUAUUUAUUUUAAAGAAAAACAGGUCAGAAAAGAACAUAUUCUGAAAGAAGAAGAGCAGAGGAAAUAAUGUGAGAAAGAGAAGUAUGAGGUGGCAGAGCCACCAUUUUCCCUGGUAAUGGUAAUAUGGUAAUUGCACGUCAGCAGCAUUGUUCCUGGUGUUGGUACGGCUUCAGGAUUACGCUUGCUUUCAUGUGGAGCAUCCAGACUUGCAAUAUGUGGUGUCAUGUCCCUUCCUCCCAGUAUAGCGAGGCGAGAUGCUGCUCAGGAGUGCAAGGGUGAGCAGUGAAGCGAUUCCAGAGCAUGCUAGGAAACCACUUUCCCUUUACUACUUAUAGGGACAGUAAGGGGUAAUUGUAUUUUUAUCUUUGUGUUUUUUUGUUUUUUUUUAUAGCACAGGAUCAGUGAGGGUUUUAAUGAAAUCAAAAAUCAAGUUUCCCAUAAUAAAAAAAAGUCCCUACUCUGAUUCCUCUCUGACACCAUAACCUAUAUUUAAGACUGAUCAACUUGUAUUUUCCCAUAAUGUCUUAUUUAUCUCGGUUAGGUUUAUAAAUAUUUGGCAUACACAGCCUGAUUCAUUUGGCCGAGGUAACAUCGCUUUAUUACUUCUGUAUUUGAAACAGCCAUGUACAUCUGUAAUGUUUAAUGAGAUCAAAUCUAGAAUUGUGACAAUUCCUCAUUAAUCUGAGUACAAAAUAUUUUAACAUUACUUUGAUAUAGCCACUUCAUGUCCAGGGCAAGGACGUUGCAAUAAGAAAAUUGGGGGGAGGGGGAGUGGAGUAAACUAAUGGACAUUAUUAACUGCCGUAAGGUGAUCUGUUUUUACCUCUUCCAUGUAGAUUAGUGCAACUUAAGUUAUUUGAAUUCCAGCAAGUUACUAAACAAUUUUGUGCUUUUUAUUUUUUUAAUUUCUACCUCUGGUUUUUGCAGAGGAGAAUCUGAAAAAGAAAAUGCUGGCUUUUGAAGAAAUGAAGAAGAAACUUGAAGAACAGCACACACAGCAGCUUUUACUUCUCAUUGCCGAGCAGGAGAGAGAGCAAGAGAGAUUGCAAAGGGUGAGUGUGUAAUGCACUAGCAGUGUGCAAGGAGGGAUUUACUAAUGAUUAUUAUUACAUGACUGGAAUGUGUGUGUCAGCCUGUGCUUAGCGGUUUCCAAUGCCUCUGAUAUUGACAUACCUUGCAUUUCCUCAUUAGCCAGGAUCUGUCCUUGAUCUUUCCACCUCUGUGAAGUUGAUCCGACUUAAUAACUUCUGUAAUGUGUUGCCUUUAUCUUGGCUGCUAGCCUUAGUCUCCAUGUUGGGCAUUGUUUCUUCUUUAGCCUGAUCUUGUAGUCAAACAGUUGGGGGGGGCCAUUAAUGCUGUGAAAUAUAUGAGCUUGUUGGUCUCUGUGAUGUUGUUGUUGUUGUUGUUGUUGUUGUUGUUAGGGAUUGUGGACAGUGCCCCAUUAACCCCUGUUGGCAUACUGUCUGGUGGUAGUUCUUCAGUGAUCUUUUGUAGUCUUGUCCGGUGGUCGGACUGCUAGAUGUUCCUUGAUAAUCUUUUAAUAUGUUCUCUCUCUGUUGAAAAUAAUACAUAACUGAUAUGUCAGUCAGUCCUAGAUAAUUUAUCAGCACCAGGGCUCGAGUCCUGCAGGAACGCAUGGGAACGGCGUUCCUGCACUUUUUCCAAAGCAGGAACGCCGUUCCCGCUUGUGAUCCUGCAGGUGUUCCCAGGGGGCGCAAUGUCGCUGUGCUGCCUCAUUCCUCCCAUCCCCAGCAUACUGCCGCCCACAAUACACUGCUGUCUGCUGUUGGUGGUAUAAUGGCUGUCACGAUGCAGGAGAUGUGCCUGCUCACACUACUCUCCCCCGCGGUAGUUUACUGAGGAGUGAAGCCUGCAGUGGGCGGGGCGUUUUACAUCACUUCCUGUCAGGCCCUGCUAGAGGAUUACCGAGCAGGGCGAGCUAAGAACAUCUUUUCAGCUACUUACACCACCAAUGGUAAGCAGCCAUGUUUUAUUUAUUUUUUCAUGAAAUAAUAAUGUACCUAGCACAGAGCUCCACAGAGCUAAAUCUUAUAGUUCAUGUGGAGCUCUGUGAUUUAUUGGUCCAACAGUGCCACCUCACUUCUAUUCCUCUUAUGCUUCCUCUCCCCCAUCACUAGAUGCCAUCCCUCACACACCCCUAUCCCUAGAAGCCAUCACUCACACACCCCCAUCACUAGAAGCCAUCCUUCACACACCCCCAUCACUAGCAGCCACCCCUUCUCCCCACCAGCAGCCAUCCUCCUAUUUCCAAGACUAGCAGCCAUCACCUUUGCCCCAUCACUAGCAGCCAUCCACUUUCCCCCAUCACUAGCAGCCAUCAUCCUUUCCCCUAUCAUUAGCAGCCAUCCGCCUCUCCCCAUCACUAGCAGCCAUCCUUCACUCACCCCUAUCACUAGCAGCCAUCCCCUUCUCCUGCAUCACUAGCAGCCACCCAUUCUCCCCAUUACUACCCACCAUCAAUCUCACCCCUGUCACUAACAGCAAUCCUCCUUUCUGUUACUAGCAGCUAUCAUCCUCUCUCCCUCCCAUCACUUGCAACCAUCCCCCUCUCUCCCUCCCAUCAUUAGCAGCCAUCCGCCUCUCCCCAUCACUAGCAGCCAUCCUUCACUCACCCCUAUCACUAGCAGCCAUCCCCUUCUCCUGCAUCACUAGCAGCCACCCAUUCUCCCCAUUACUACCCACCAUCAAUCUCACCCCUGUCACUAACAGCAAUCCUCCUUUCUGUUACUAGCAGCUAUCAUCCUCUCUCCCUCCCAUCACUUGCAACCUAGCAGCCAUCACCUUUGCCCCAUCACUAGCAGCCAUCCACUUUCCCCCAUCACUAGCAGCCAUCAUCCUUUCCCCUAUCAUUAGCAGCCAUCCGCCUCUCCCCAUCACUAGCAGCCAUCCUUCACUCACCCCUAUCACUAGCAGCCAUCCCCUUCUCCUGCAUCACUAGCAGCCACCCAUUCUCCCCAUUACUACCCACCAUCAAUCUCACCCCUGUCACUAACAGCAAUCCUCCUUUCUGUUACUAGCAGCUAUCAUCCUCUCUCCCUCCCAUCACUUGCAACCAUCCCCCUCUCUCCCUCCCAUCAUUAGAGCAGCCACCCCUCUCCUCCUCUCACCACUAGCAGUAUAUGUCUGUUUAUGUAUGUCUCUGUAUGACUUUCGUCUGUUUGUCUCUGUAUGACUGUGUGUAAAUCUCUGUAUGACUGUGUCCAUAUUUCUCUGUCUAACUGUGUCUGUAUGCCUUGUUCUGUAUGACUUUAUCUUUAUGUCACUGUAUGACUGUGUCUUCAUGUCUCUGUAUGCCUGUGUCUUCAUGUCUCUGUAUGACUGUCUGCGUGUCUCUGUAUGACUGUCUGCGUGUCUCUGUAUGACUGUCUGCGUGUCUCUGUAUGACUGUCUGCGUGUCUCUGUAUGACCGUCUGCGUGUCUCUGUAUGACCGUCUGUGUGUCUCUGUAUGACCGGUUGCCUGUAUGUCUGUGUAUGACUGUCUGUGUGACUGUGCAUGACUGGUUGCUUGUAUGACUGUGUUUGUUUGUGUUCCUUUUAUGACUACGUGCCUGUAUGGUUGUGCCUUUGUGCAUGUAUGUAUUUGUACCUGUAUAUCUAUGUCUGUAUGGUUUGGGAGGAAAAAGCCAGGCAAAGGGGCUCAUGGUGGGAGAAACAGACACAGAAAGGGGCUAAGGGCAGAUAGAGACACAGAAAGGGGCUAAGGGCAGAUAGAGACACAGAAAGGGGCUGGGGGAAAGAAAGAGACACACAAAGAGGCUGGGGGGAAGAAAGAGACACAAAAGGGCUGUGAGGAGAAAAGAGACACACAAAAGGAGCUGAUGAGGAAGUAAGAGAAACACAAAGGUUGUGGUAGGAAGAAAGAGAUAUACAAAGGGCCUGGAGAGGGAACACAGAGUGUGCUGGGCCCCCGUGUGCAGCGGCUGUCUCUCUCCACCAUACCACCAGGCAAUCUCCCCCCUCCCUGGCAAGGUUAGAAUAUAAACACAUACAUUUAAAAAAAAAAAAAAAUGCUUCCCCCCUUUCAUCCAGCACACACACACAAACAUCAUCCAGCACACACAUACGCACACACACACAAACAUCAUCCAGCACACACAUACGCACACACACACAAACAUCAUCCAGCACACACAUACGCACACACACACAUACACAUCAUUCAGCGCACACACACACACACAUAUCUUCCAGCACACACACACUGCAUUCAUUACACACAAUCUGCGCUUACUACAAACACACUAAAUUCAUUAUACACACUCUGCACUCAUUACAAACACACUACAUUCAAUAUACACACUCUGCACUCACUACACACACUGCAUUCCUUAUACACACUCUGCAUUCACUACAUUCACUAUACACACUCUGCACUCACUACAAACACACUACAUUCACUACACACACUGCAUUCAUUAUACACACUCUGCACUCACUACAAACACUACAUUCACUAUACACACUCUGCACUCACUUCAUUCACUAUACACACUCUGCACUCACUACAAACACACUACAUUCACUACACACACUGCAUUCACUAUACACACUCUGGACUCACUAAAACACACUACAUUUAUUAUACACGCAGCACUCACUACAAACACACUACAUUCAUUAUACACACUCUGCACUCACUACACAUUACAUUUAGUAUACACACUACAUUCAUUAUACACACUCUGCACUCACUACAAACACACUACAGUCAUUAUACACACUGCAUUCACUACAAAAACACUUCAUUCAUUAUACACACUCUGCACUCACUAUAAACACACUACAUUCAUUAUACACACUCUGCAUUCACUACUAAAACACUACAUUCAUUAUACACACUGCACUCACUACAAACACAAUACAUUUAUUAUACACACUGCACUCACUACAAACACACUACAUUCAUUAUAUACACCCUGCACUGCACUAUAUGCCUAGUAUAAAUAUAUCAAAGAAAUGUACACCAUUGUGAAUGCUUGUCAGUCCAUUGGGCAGGUCAAAUGAGGCAUUUGUGUUGAAUGAAGUGGCUGCAAAAUGAACAUAGAUUAUUAAGGUUUCAUCAGUGUCCUCGUUUUGAUCAUCUACAGCAACAUGAAAAAACAAUAAACUGGUGGAGUACAUUUUAGUUUCUGGUCAUCAUCCAGAACACUUAAAUAGUUAACCCUCAAGGUAGCAUAUGGUUUGCAUGCAUAGAAGAAAGUUAAGACAGAUAACAUGUUAGAAGUUACACAAGAAAUAUAUUUCUACAAUGUGUGUGUUACCCCUUUCAUGUAAUCACCAUUUUUUAUUUUAUUUUUUUACUAGACUUUUUCUUUUAUUUUUUGGGGAUUAAGGUGUAGGUGUUUAUCAUUUUCCUUCCCUCCAAGGAUUAGAGCAUUUUGUACAGUUUCUAAAAAGAACUCUUUACCAGAAUGCUAUUGUUCUCAAUUGAAACAACAACAGAGAGUCAUCACUAUAAGUUUUCUGAAGGGUGUUGAUUCUUCAGAUAUUAUACUUGCGUUUGAACCCUCUCUUGGAAUUUAUUUAUUUUUCUGCUUUUGAUUCAAAGUUGUUGCUUCAGUAGACAAAGGCAAGAGACUUCUUCACUGGAUAAACUAUUUUUAAAUUCUUUACUGUAUCUUUUAGGAAUUUGAGGAAGGAGGGAAGAAACUAAAGUUUAAGAAUGUUGACGCAAGUGUUUUGUCUGGAAACAUUGAAAACCGAAUGAGACCUGAUAGGACAAAUAUGAGUGAAAGUGGUAUGUCACAGAGUGUAACAAGUCACAUGGACCCGCUUCAUUCCUCGUCUAGCCACAGCACUGGUAAGCAUGGGCGGAAUGUGAAUACGUCCGGUAUCUUUUUUGUUAUUUUCUAGCAAUUUGAUUUCUGUGGGGCCAAUUUCCAAUGUUGCCAUCAUUUGUUUAAAAUUCAGGGUGUAAUAUGGAGCAUAUUAACAACCAAUAUUUAUUCAAAACCGGAUUUUACUCUUAUCUCGACUACAUUACUCACCCCAGUUAUGUCAUAGAUAAAGGUAAAUAAAGGGUUAAAACCCUUUCCUUGGUUGUCAUUCCACGUCUGAAAGGGUUAAAAGUUAAUUUCUUCACUUCUGCUUCCAUCAGCAGUCUUUGCAGUACAUUCCUUUCCAUGAAACCAUGAAAUGUUACUUUUGUUUUAACCUUGGUAUUCUAGCAUAGCUUAGAUAACACUUUCUCAAGUAAGUAAUUGUUGCUUGUUUUUAUGUAAACAUGCGCAGUAGACUAAUGCUAUAAUAAACAUGCAAUGCUCUCCCAAUUAAAGCUGAGAUGAUAUUGAGCUACAACAAAGUGAGUCUGUGGUUUUAUUAUCGGUUCUCCCGAGCGCUCGGACAUCUAAUUAGGAGUCUCUGGUUAUCUCUUGGAUGAUCUUAUCCAUGAUAAAUUUCUAUAUCAGUUAGAGCUUUAAUACAGUUUACUGUAAGGAGGGGUCUCUUUCAGAGAAGUGACCAUUAAACUUUAAAAUAUAAUAAACAGUUCACAUGCCUCUAGUGUUAGCAGGGCAGACACUAGAGGCACUUUUAACCAGCAAUGUCGAGUUAAACUCUUUCAAUCCGUCUCAGAGACCAUUUGAUGCAGCAAGCCAUUUUGACAUGCAUGCGCAAUAGCCUCCCAAUGUUGUCCUGGGGGAAAGCAUUGGAUUGACUGAGAUCAUCAAGAUUGGGAGGAGGGGUGCCGAUAACCUAAAUAGUGAGCAGGUCACCAUACCGUAAAAAAUACAUGUUUGUAUUCCUAAUGCUGUAGCGUUCCAUUAAUGUAGAACAUGCAAAAACUAUAAAGUCUUAAUAGUCUUUGCAUUUUGGUUUUGUAUUUAAAAUACUUAUACAUAAUGUGUUUCACAGUUCUAGUACAGUUGACUUCCCCUUUUUUGCUGUAAACUUUAAUUAUAGCAUUUGUGUUUCAACAGUUGGACCAGUUUCUGCUCCGUUACAGCACAACUAUGGAUCUGCAAAUGAGACAUCGCUUGGUCUGAGGAGACCAUUACAAAGUGGAGCUCCAAAAGUGACCGCUCAGAGGUCUCUUGGCAGAGUGCGGACCAGAUGGUCACAGGUAUUGUGUUUAUGAAAUUUUUGUAGUAUAUACUUUUAAACCUACAGUAUUAUGUACAUGGCCAUGAUUUCUCACCAAACUGCUGGUCUGCCCUUCAUGUAACAGGUAACCAUGACAACUUUAAAAUACAAUUCUCUUUUAAACAAACUGACAUGAUAGACUAUGUAAAUGUUCAAAAUUUCCGAUGUUCGACACACACAAAUGAUAAAAGUAAAAGUAGAUCCAACUGUCGCCUAGGUUUUAUUUUUUUUUGGACAAGCUUUUAAAUAAUUUUUUCAAAAAUAUUAAAAUAUCAUACAUAAAAUAUAUCAAGAUUUAAAAAAUAAAGAUAUCUUUUUCAAAUUAUUAAAUCAUUUUAAAAGUUUAUUUAAAAUAUUAAAUUAUCUUAAAAAGUUUUAAAAAAUAAUAAACUGAGACCUAUAUUUGCAUCAUAUAAUGUGUCAUUAACCUGGAGAUUUAAUUUGCUUGUCUGUCUUUUUGGCCGCAUUUGAAGCUGUUUUCCAAUUUCUUGACUGAUAUGCAAGCAGUGAUUUAAUAUUUGCUUUGUUUGUGAUUUGCACUGCAAUAAGCAAUAUUGUUAUUAGUCUAUACUUUUUUUACUGUUUGACAUUUGCUUUCCUUCUCUGUCUUUUAAUUGGUAGUUGGUCAUAAUGCCUUUAUAUAUUUUGGGCAGCUGAGCGCUAAGCUCUGUUGGAAGUAUCCUCAUCUAAAGGGUUUACAUGUCCUUUACGUAUUUAAUUUUUUUCCACGAACCACUCCAUGUAGUCUGUGUUUUUCCAACAUCAUCUGUACCUUAUACAAUAUGUUAGAGCUGUAAAGGUUGAUAGAAAUGGAGAUGUAUUGACAGCUGUCAUUAUAGUGUUAUUUAGAAAUAAAGUGUGAUGUCUCACAGGCAUUCAACAAAAGAUGAGCACUACUCUCAAUUGGACAAUGUCAGUGUGGGUAGCACCAGUCUUCCCAGGUCAUGAACCCAAAUAUAAAAUUGAAUGAAUUAAUUAAAAAAAAAAAUAAUAAUAUAUAUAUAUAUAAUUAUACACGCACUCACACACACGCACUCACAGGUCUUCAGUAAAGUGGAAACUGGUUUAUUAAGUGAAAAAAAUCUUCAAUACAUCCGGGAACAAAAUCGGGUCUUUUUCAAGAUCUUGAAAAAGUCAAUAUUUUUUUUUUUUUUUUUUGGCUCACAGAUGUAUUGAAGAUUUGUUUCACUUAAUAAACCCCUGCUAGUAGAUAAGAAAUUACAGACAACAAUACUCUCUAAAAGUAGUGUGAUAGAUAAAGGUAUAGAGGAGAUUCCCAGAAAUGGCUACAGUGUACUAUACAGACUUUAUUAAGUGCAGUCACAUGUACAAGGUAACAGCUAAAUAAUGUUGUAUAGUGGUAGAGACCUAUAUUAAAAUCAGUAAGUAGAACACAGGGGCUUAAGAAUAAAAGUAGAUGGAUACCAGUUUUCUCAGAUAAUCCUCUAAAUAGAGGAGGGGGUCAGUAUCUGUGAAACCGUGAGCCCUCCUCAGUGAAAUUAGGGUUUACACUCCCUUUUGAAAAACAUGUCUAAAGGGGUUUCGAAAAGGAACCAUGAAUCUCCAGGCACUGCAAUAGUAGGAGAAAACAGGGAGACGAGGUGUGUGUGUGUGUGUGUGUUAUAUUUUAUUUUAUUUUUCUUUUAAUUUAGAAUUUAAUUUAAGUCCGGGUUGUGUCUAAUCUAACUUUUCUACUAUACUUUUCCUCCUAGGUAUAUAGUCCAGCAAUGCAGAAAAAGUUCGACAAAGUCACAGCACUGGCUAAGGGGUUCCUGACACGGAGACUUAUGCAGACAGAGAAGCUGAAAAACUUAAAACAAACUGUGAAAGUAAGGCUUCCGUACUCUUCUCUUGUAAUUAUAGUAUUUUAUUAGAUUUUUUUUUUUUUUAAUCAAGACAAGUCAACUAGAAAUGCAACCUCUGGGAGGAAAAGCAUAAACCUCAAGCAACAUCACACCCAAAUUAUACAAGAAAUUGAGCUAGAGUGACAAAGAUCUCUCAAAGAAGAGCAACACAUUUGUAACUGAUCAUAAGAUAAUGGGAAGAAAAAAUGUCAAAGGAAGAUCAGAGGAUAGGAGAAAGAUUAUAGGGCCGUAGAGAAUUUACUUUUUUUUUUCCAGUCAUUUUCUAAAAUCAACGAACUUUUUUGUUUUUUUAAUUUACCAAAUUCCAUGUUGUCUUCCUAUGUAGGACACCGCAGAAUUCAUGAGAACGUUCCAUACUGAACGUGCUGUAAACAGGGGCAUUGUGUCAGCCCAAGACGCUUCACUACGGGAGAGAGUCCUAGCACAAGUAAGGAUAUUUAUGGCACAAAGGUCUCUGUUAAUUCAGUAUUUUAGACUACCAUUGAUAGCUAACAUUUGCCAUGUGCCAGUCUGUGGUAGGUAAUCACAGAUGAAAUUUGUAGAUUAAACUUUUUUUUUCUAGAUGUAGUUUGUAAAGGAGAUAGUGGGCAUCCCCUUUUACCUACUGUUGGAAACUCUCUGUAGAGAUUUGAAAAGGAGCCACCAUGAACAUGUUUGAACAGCAUUUUAGUGUUGAUAUUAAGGUGUACAUGCUCAAUGCCUCUUUGCAGCCUUCAGGUGAGCAAGAAGUGCAUUCUUAGGAGCUUCCCUUAACUUUUGAUUAGUGGGGGAAGAGCGCCGUAGUAGUUAUUGUGCUUGGUGUGUUCAUUUUAAUAUUAAAGAUUUGUAUUUUAUAAAGGUCUAAAUUGAAAAUUCUGUAUAUCUUUUCCAUUCAUUUCAUUUUUGUUUAACAGUUAAGGGCUGCAGUGUUUGAAAUACAUGACAUUUUCUUUGCAAUGGAUGUCACAGAAAGAAUGCAUAUUCUAGUUCAUGACCGUGAACUACGUAGAGAGAAGCUGAUCAGACAAAUGGUAUGUUACGGUUUUAGUAUUGCUCAUGAAUUAUUUUAUGUAUUUUUUUAUUUUUAUUUUUUUUAAAUAAUAUCCAAGCUAUGGCAUAAUUGUAGGUUCCUUGACUUGUUGUAAAGUGAAUAAUCCAUAUAUAAUUUGGGAGGUUGUGUAUAUGAGUGAUGAAUUGGUCAUUGUUUUCGUACCUCAUAAGGAUUUUUCACAAUGUUUGCUGUUGAAAUUUCCAAAAUUUACAUGGCAUGAUGCCCCUAAGUGUUCUACAUAGGUAUGGUUAUUUAAUUUAUGGGUUGUCUUUGUCCCAAAUAGGAUAGUCUCCAAAAGUUUUUCUAUUGUACCAAUUCACAAAGUAGUGCUUGGUGGCGUAAUAUUGUUAAUACUCUGUUUACAAAACCAUUUAUUGAAAGGUUUUCAGGUGCGACAACACCAGUUUGGCAUUUAACAGUAUAACUGAAAACUCAUAACAAUACUUUGUAAAACUAAGCAUGUGUUUUGAAAGGCUUGAAUCUCCACCAAUGUUUGUAUGUAGGGCCAUAUGCCAGAUGUCAAAAUAUCAGCUACUAUCUGGCAUGCUAAUACCUAAAUACUCCAACACUUAAAAAAUUUAAUUCAUAAAAUCAUUUUUUUUACAGGAAAAAGUGAAAAGUCCUCGAGACAGAGUGAACAUUUCAUCUGCAACCAAGAAAUCCUUGGACCGUAAAAGGUCCUCCAGGUACAGCUUGUGCUCACUUGGUGCUAGUUUUUAGAUAAACCAUCCUUUAAAAUGCGUAGAUUUGUCAUAAAUUAAAUGUACAGCAGAAUGUGGAGCUGGAUCAAUGCACUGAGCCAAUGUAUGGAAGAACAUGAUGUAGCAGGACCAUUUAAUACAUAUUCUUACAUAUUCCCUGUGUGCAUUUUCAGUAGAUCUAAUUUGUAGUUCUUUUGGACGCUGCAACUGAAUGUAAAGUAACCCCCUCAGAAAACCAAAUAAAGUUGGAAUGCUCUUAUUAUACAAGAUUUGAAAAAUACAAAGCUUUUAUGGUUAUUGAAUAAAUAUAGUACUUAAUACACAUUUCCUUGUCAACAGAACAGGGGUACCAGGGGUUUCCAACAAAAAACUCCAAUCAAAGCCAAAAGUUUCUGACACCAGGUGAGAACAUAUUGUUUAAAGGGACACUAUAGGCAUCAAAACAAUUUUGGCUUCAUUAAGCAGUUUUUGUGUAUAGAUCAUGCCCCUACAGUCUCGCUGCUCAAUUCUGCUAUUUAGGAUUUAAAUCACUUUUGUUUGUGUUUAUGCAACCCUAACCACAUCACUCCUGUCUGUGACUGACCCAGCCUGCAAUCAGAUCUUGCUUUAACAGUUUCUAUCUUCUGCACUGUAAAUUGAACUUUAAUCACAUACAGUAGGCUCCUGCAGGGUGUAGCAAACUAUUUUCAGAGCAGGAGAUAAAUUCUUGUUUCUGUUUUAUUUUAUGGUGAAGCUAUAGCAAUGGUUUUCGCCUGGUAAAAUAACAGAUUAUUUUUCUGCCAAGACUCCAUCUGUGCCUCUGUAAUUCUGCAAGGGGGCUAUAAAUGGGAGACUCCUCCCAAACUACAUCAAUCUCCUUUAUUUAUUUAUUUAUUUUCCCUCAAACUUGCGUUCUAGCAAUUAGAGAGGAGUAAGUUUUGCCUUUGUGAACAAUGAUUACUCUAAAGCCGUGUUUCCCAAACCAGUCCUUAAGACCCAUCAACAGUCCAGGUUUUGUCAGUAUCUCCAUUGGAAUAAAACAAUGAAAUUCUUAAAUCCUGGAUUGUUGGUGGGCCAUGAGGACUGGGUUGGAAGCACUGCUCUAAAGGAUUAUUUGGAAGUAGUGAUACACUGCAUUGUACAGAUAAUUGGUGUUAUUGUGCAUAAUGAAAACCAAAUAAAAAAAGUUACCUGCACACUAGCCCAAAUCCCUAUGCAUAUUUAAAUAAAUGGAGAUUAUUUAGUAACUCCAAUGACCAUUAGAAGCAAGGCCACCUUUCACGUCAAGGCAAACCUCUUAGGUGGGUCCUAUACUAACAUUUCUGUGUGAUACAAAAGUGAAUACAAAUACAAGUCAUGUGCUCAAACUCCCACUACUCCUGGGCGGCAUAUAUGUAUUCACUUUUGUAUUACACAGCCAUGUUACAAUGCUGCCACCCAUCCCAUGUGUUCCAUAUUAACCCCUUAAAGCCGUUACGGCGUUCAAUGCCGUCCCGCAUUAAAUGGGCUUUAAAGCCAUUGCGGCGGCAUAGAACGCCAUAACGGCUUUCAGCCCCUGGAGGUCCGCGGUACUCUCCUCCGCCGCGAUCCUCUUCGGGAGGUCUGCCUGACAGCCCAGGCAGCCCUCCCCCGGCAAAUCAGGCCCCCUAUAGCUGGCUGUGGAUCUGCCAGCAGGGGGACUGUCUGAAAUGUCAGACAGUCCCCUUGCUGGUGGGAAAGUAAAAAAAAUAAAAUAAAAAAAAUUAAACAUGUUUUAAA